CCUUACCUAGCCGUUAUGAGUUCCCCACAACCUCUACUAUACACUGUACCAUGAGCGCAACCGACCUCGAACCUCCGAAAGACCCAGUGCUUUACUCCCAUCCCCUCUAUACUAGUACGCCCUGUCCCGUACCUUCAUCGGACGAUGGCGACCUCUGUGUGGAGCUCCAGCCAGACGUGUUCACGUAUACGCACCGCGUCCUCUUCGGCACGGACAAGCUAGUUGUUGCUACAGGCAAGCUUUGUCCACGAGGCCUAGAAAUCCAUCACCCCUCCGCCUCCGGCGGAGAAACAGCCCUCAAGCGCCUACAGAUAGCGACCAUUGCACCCGGCGAUUAUCCGCAGAUCGUGGACGCGCUGACGCAGCACGCACUCGAGACACGGGACUUCACGCUCGUCGUCAGAGCUUCAGAUUCGGAAAAGGUGCUGGACCGGAUCCGCGUUCAUCGCGGCUUGCUGGCCGCGAGGAUCCCCUACUUCCGCUCACUGUUCUCCGGCGGGUUCAAAGACUCUUUGGGCGACGAGGCUACGCUACGGGACGACGUUGUCACCGCUUCCGCGGCGCGCCGGGUGGCGGCGUGGUGCGCUCUCGACUUUGAUACCGCCGCACUGGGAUUGGGGUCCGUGAAGGAGGCACUGGAGCUCGCUGUGGCCGCGGACUUCCUCUGCGCGGAUGAUCUGUGGGCGUUCGCGCUGGCCUCGGCCUGGAGCUCAAUGCCGCUUUGGCUAGUGAAGUGCGAUGUGUGCGCCGUGAGCAUCCCGGCGUUCCUGGAGGGGGUCGAGGCAAGCCCCGUGUUGAAGGAGAGGCUCCAAGAGGGUGUGCAGGCGUGUCUACGGAUACUUGCGACGCCGGAGGGCGUGCGAGUGUGGAAGCGUCCGUUGAUUUCCAUGUCGGACGCUAUUCUGAAGAGACUGGUGGCGACGGCAGAGGAAUACCUGGCAGAACAAGGCAGUAAGAAUGCGUAUAGGAUGUUUCUGUUUGUUUCGGAACUUGCAGCGAAGGUGAAGACUUCGCCGCUGAAGACGAGGUGGGAAGAGAUGUUGUUGCACCCAGUGUCGACUGCGUGCGCGCGAGUUGCUGCGGCUGAACUGGGCGACCGAUACCUUGUCCGCCUGGUCAAGCGAGUACAUAAACUCGUCGUUUGUCGCGACAAGAGCGUGGUGGAUGAAUUCCUGCAGUGCGUUGCGGGGACCGUGGAGAGACGGAAUGUGAAGGUGCUCUUGUUUGGAUUGGCGGAUGUGACAUUGCCAGAUUCUGAGGCUGUAGAGAAGGCUAGGGAAAUAGUUUUGAAGUGGCUGAAGAAGGAAUGGUUGAGUAUUGCUGUGGACGGAGGAUUUGCGGAGUGGGAGGCCGAGGAGAGGGAGUACCUGGCGUCCAAGCUCGGGAUUGCGGUUGAGGAUCUUGGAGUGACCGCGAGGGCGAGGCGUGUCGGCAGAGGACAUAGCAGCGGGAGUAGGGGGAAGACGUAGUAGCGGGAGUAUGUAGGCGGCGGCGCUGCAUCAACACGGGGAAGUCCAUUCUUUAGAAGGCUAGCGGUGUCUGAAAAGUUAUACAU